UAAACACAUGAGCUUCAGCCUUGCAGCUUGGAGCAUCGUCAUCUGCCACCGGGAAACGUGUUCACUCAACUCGGCCGCGCAGAAGCACGCCGAUGAUCCAGCGCAUUUUCUUUAAAUCCGUUUUCGUCUGACACCUUUAAAGGCCUCGCAAGCCUCGAGGACGCAAACUCGACCUUGCCACCAUGCCGAAGUUGGCGCAAUGGGUGGCCGCAGCCGUCCUGGCGCUGGGUGCUUCCGCUGCCGACGAAGCUGACUCUGCCUCUGUGCUCACCGCGGAAAUCGGCCGUCAGAACAACGAGAGCCUCUUCUGGGGCCCCUACAAGCCGAACUUGUACUUUGGCGUGCGCCCGCGAACGCCCAAUGCCCUGUGGACGGGGCUGAUGUGGGGGAGGGUCGACGGUUACGACGACAUUGGGAAGGCCUUCCGAUAUACCUGCGAGCAGGGUGAAGACAUCCAUGGGUAUGGCUGGGACGAGUACGAUGCGCGUACUGGUGGCGUCCAGACCAUCCACGAUGAGGGCAACAGGAUCGACAUCACGACCUCGUUUGUAAAGGUCCCCGGUGGGAAGCAUGGCGGCAGCUGGGCUACCAGAAUCAAGGGCGAGCUGCGAGAGGGAGUGCCGCCGGACACCAAGACCAUGCUGUUCUACUACAUCGCGCAGGAGGGUGGCGGCGAUUUGGAGACUGAGGGCGAGGGCACUAAGUCUGGUUUCGACGAAGACGUCACCUUCAAGGGAAACUCCAAGACUCUAGGCGACUACAAGCUCCUCGUUACAAAGGGCACUGGAGAGCACCCAACAUCCAACCAUCCCCUCGUGCCUGAUCGACAUGGAGACAAGACCGUCGUCAUCAGUGCCGACGUCCCUCCCGAGGUGGUGUGGCAGGGCAAGCCGGUUGUCUUCAAGCACCUCCAGGAAGCUGUCAAAUUCGUCCAGGACAACGUCGACAUGGCCAACCCGCCGCCGGCGUGGCAGGUCUACCGCGUUGGUCACAGCCCAGGCAAAGGCAAUGUGCACAUUGUGCAGAAGACAUUUGAAGGGGCUUUUGAGUUUGAUGUCAUUUUCUCAUCCGCAUCGGCUGGCCAAGAGCUGAAGUCCGAGGACGUGACGGAAGAACUGAAGCAGACGUCCCAGCUCUUUACCGAGCGGUUCUCGAGUGUCUUCGACCUCAAGGAGCCCUUCACAGCCAACAAGUAUAAGAAGUUCGCCAAGAGCAUGUUCUCCAACCUCCUCGGUGGCAUUGGAUAUUUUCAUGGCCACCAAAUUAUCGACCGAUCGUAUGCGCCUGAGUAUGAGGAAGAGGACGAGGGCUUCUGGGUGGACGCUGCGGAAGCGAGGGGGCGAAGACAGCAAACGCCCGAGGGCCCGUACGAGCUGUUCACGAGCGUUCCGUCGCGACCCUUCUUCCCUCGAGGGUUCCUGUGGGACGAAGGAUUCCACCUCGUGCCGAUCGCGGAUUGGGAUAUGGACCUGACUCUGGAGAUUGUCAGUAGUUGGUACAAUACCAUGGAUGACGAUGGCUGGAUUGCUCGAGAGCAGAUUCUCGGCGCAGAGGCGCGCAGCAAGGUGCCCGCCGAGUUUCAAGUCCAGUACCCUCACUACGCCAACCCACCCACGCUAUUCCUCAUUAUCGAGGGAUUCAUGGAGCGCCUCCGUGCAGCCAACGGAAGUCAGCCCGUCGCCAAGGAGCACCUAUCGGCUGGCAACCCUCUGCAGAUGGCUCACCUCGACAACGUCGAGCUCGGAGAGGCGUACCUGCGAAAGCUGUACCCCCUCCUGCGCCGCCAGUACGAUUGGUUCCGCAAGACGCAGCGUGGUGACAUCAAGUCAUACGACCGCGAAGCCUUCUCGAGUAAGGAGGCGUAUCGAUGGAAGGGCCGAACGGAGACGCACAUCUUGACAAGUGGCCUCGACGACUACCCCCGAGCGCAACCCCCACACCCUGGUGAGCUGCACGUCGACCUCAUGUCGUGGGUGGGCCUCAUGACAAAAUCUCUCCUGAGCAUCGCGGACGCCCUGGGGAUCGAAGAGGACGUGGCUGAGUACACGAAGUCGCUCAGGGCUAUCGAGCGCAACCUGGAUGACCUUCACUGGUCGGAAAAGGAGGGUUGCUACUGCGACGCGACCAUUGACGAAUACGAGGAGCAUGCGCUGGUGUGCCACAAGGGCUAUAUCUCGUUGUUUCCGUUCUUGGUUGGCUUGAUGAAGCCCGAGGACCCCAAGUUGGACAAGAUUUUGGACCUCAUUGGUGACGAGGAUCACCUCUUUAGCCCCCACGGACUGCGUAGUCUCAGCAAACAAGAUGAGUUUUACGAGACUGGCGAGAACUACUGGCGUAGUCCGGUUUGGAUGCCCAUCAACUACUUGGCCCUGUCUCAGCUCCGAAAUGUGGCCACUGAGGAUGGUCCGUACCAGGAGAAGGCCAGUGAUCUGUUUUCUCGGCUGCGCAAGAACCUCGUGGAUACGAUUUACACGAGCUGGGAGGAGACAGGCUUCGCGUGGGAGCAGUACAAUCCCGAUACGGGUGCCGGGCAGCGGACUCAGCACUUUACUGGGUGGACUAGCUUGGUUGUCAAGGUCAUGGCUAUGGAAGAGCCAAGCGAUGGGGGCCGGACAAAGGAUGAGCUGUGAGCCAGUCAAUGAUGAUGUGUUCGGUAGAACGGCGCCAGAUUUGUGUGUACAGAACCGAGAUAGUGAACAUCACGGGCAAUUGAGUCGGUCCGUUGCUGGCAACGAGGCAGACAAGUUGAUGACUCCUAAGCCAUGUGAAAGCUGAUGACCUAAGUGCAAGCCAUGAAGUCUCGUCUUGCCAUCUAAUAGGCUAGAGCAAGCGCG